GGGUACAUCCAAUUGGGUGACCAGGAUUUCGUUGCUGCACAGUUCGAGAGACCUGAACCACCAAUUCCGUGGAGUUCUAUUAUGUUGGCAACAGCUCUGUUCGUCUUGGGCUCUCUAGGCAUUGUAUUUGGAUCUCUUCUUGUUGCUGGUGUUAUUUCUGACGAGAGUUGGUUGGAUAGAGGGAAACCAUUCCUAUUCCUUGGAGCGUUGUUAUUUAUUCCUGGCUUUUACCAUGUGCGACUGGCAUAUUAUGCAUACAAGGGAUACGAAGGAUAUGAUUUUGACCAAAUUCCAGAUUGGUGA